AUGAACAACAACAGCGGCAGUAAAAUGCAAAUCCGGGAAUCCUUAGCGAUGGAGCUGGACGGUACGACGACCGCUGGCACCCGCGGUGGAUUCCUAAUUACGCGCAUGACGCUCCUAGCCACGGGUGCCAUCUUCUGCUGUCUGUUGCUCGGCACCGGCCUACUAAUCUACCACUUUGCAUCGUGCGAUGAACACCACGGCUCGCUACAGCACGCGACCUUGUGCGAACAUCAGCACACCUCGUCAGCACAUCAUCACCCGCAGCACUCGUCGGCUGGGGAAACAGCCCACACGUCAAAUCAGGGCAAUCGGGAUUCGGGGAUCAACCAGGGUGAACCGGAGGAUAAUGGCAAGUCGUCAUCGUCGGGGGUGUCGCCCAGCCAACCUAACUCCACCGUGGAACCAGGAAGUGUAGACACAACAGGACAAGAUCAGAGCGCGAGUCACGUGCAGCCUGGCGAGGACGCGAUUACGCCAUCGGUUCGUGAAGAUUUGCGGCUGCCACGAUCGAUCGAACCUGUUGCGUACGAUAUCCGGCUCGUGCCGUGGCUUGUGGAGGGCAACUUCACCUUCACCGGCACCGUAGACAUUCACGUGCGAGUACUCGAGGACUGUGGCAACGUGACGCUCCAUGCGACCGCGCUAGACAUCCACGAGGCCAGUGUGGGGCGGCUUCUUGAGCGGAAUGAAGCGGAAAUGUCGGAAGAAAACGAGACACUACCGGGUGGAGAAACGCCAUUCGAGGAGGUGAUAGAAAUCGAUCACAAUCUCACCAUCGCUAGCAAGCAGUUCUACGUGCUGGUACUGAGGACGCCCCUUCGGAAGGACGCUCAGUACGUGGUUCGGUUGCGGUACGAAGGCGUACUCAAUGACUACUUGCAGGGGUUCUAUCGCAGCUCGUACACUGCGAACAACGAAACGAGAUGGAUCGCUACGACACAGUUUCAACCAACGGACGCACGGCGUGCCUUUCCGUGUUUCGAUGAGCCCGCGUUGAAGGCACGAUUCAACAUAAGCAUCGCGCGUCCCCGGGACAUGAUCUCGCUGUCUAACAUGCCCCGGAUGCGCUCCUACGAAGCAGGGGAAGCGGACUUGCGUGGGUACGUCUGGGACGUUUACCAACAGUCCGUGCCGAUGUCCACGUAUCUGGUGGCGUUCGUGGUGUGUGACUACCUCAACCUGACGGCGGGAAACUUCGCUGUGUGGGCCCGAUCCGACGCCAUCCGGUCAGCUCGCUAUGCGCUCGACGUGGGUCCGAAGCUGCUCAAGUUCCUGGAGGACUUCUUCCACAUCGACUACCCGCUUCCGAAGGUGGACAUGAUUGCACUGCCGGAUUUCAGUGCCGGAGCGAUGGAAAACUGGGGCCUCAUCACGUACCGCGAGACGGCGAUGCUGUACGAGGAAAACGUGUCCGCCAUCAGCAACAAGCAGCACGUGAUAACGGUUGUCGCACAUGAGCUGGCACACCAAUGGUUUGGCAAUCUGGUAACGCCAUCCUGGUGGACGGAUCUCUGGCUGAACGAGGGUUUCGCCAGCUACAUGGAGUACCUGGGUGUGGACGCAGUUGAACCGGCCUGGAAGUCGAUGGAGCAGUUCGUCGUAAACGAACUCCACAACGUGUUCUCGCUCGAUGCGCUGUCAUCGUCACAUCAGAUCUCGGUCGAGGUGCACAAUCCGGAGGAAAUUCAUGAGAUAUUCGACAAAAUCUCGUACGGCAAGGGUGCGACCAUUAUCCGCAUGAUGGAUCACUUCCUCACCACGGACGUGUUCAAGCGCGGGCUGACAAACUACCUGAACGAUAAGAAAUACCAGAGCGCCAACCAGGACGAUCUGUGGGAGUAUCUGACCAACGAAGCCCGGCGUGGUGGGAUCUUUGACGAUCACACCUCAGUCAAGGAAAUCAUGGACACCUGGACGUUGCAAACCGGAUUUCCCGUCGUGUCCGUGCAGCGUGAUUACGCUUCGGACAGCAUCGAGUUUCGGCAGGAACGGUUCACCUUCGCCAACAGCUUUGACUCUGGUUCCGAGCCAUCGCGGUUGGCUGAGCGGUUCCUUUGGUGGAUCCCGAUCACGUACACCACACUCGGUGACAGCAACUUCGAGCAGACUAAACCGGCUAUUUGGAUGAAGGCGGAAGAGGCGCUGGUGAUCAACAACCACGACAUUCCGAGUCACGAUUGGAUGAUUGUUAAUGUGCAGCAAACUGGAUAUUACCGAGUGAACUAUGACGAACGUAACUGGGAGAUGAUCGUCAACCAUCUGCAGGAUAGGCAGAAACACAAAAGCAUUGCUGCCUCGAACCGUGCGCAGUUAAUUGAUGAUGCUCUCAAUCUGGCCCGUGCGGGAUAUCUAAGCUAUGCCGUUGCCUUGAACGUAACGCGGUAUCUCGUGUACGAAACCGACUAUGUGCCGUGGAAAGCCGCCAUUGCGGCGCUAAAUUACAUCGACUCUAUGCUAAUACGCACGCGCCAUUAUGGGCUGUUUAAGAAAUACUCCAUUGAUUUGAUAGAAAACGUCUACAAAGACGUUGGCUUCGAGGAUCAUCGCGACAGUCCGCUGUUGACCGUGUACAAACGGAUUAGCGUACUGAAAGCAGCGUGUCACCUCGGUUCCAAGGAUUGCGUGAACCACUGCAUCCGCAAGUACUACGAAUGGAUGCACCAACCCAAUCCCGACAUUAACAAUCCCAUCUCACCGAACCUAAAGAGCACGGUGUACUGUACGGCCAUCAAGUACGGGGACGAAACGGAGUGGGACUUUGCCUGGGAGCGCUUCCAGAAAGCGACCGUCGCCAGCGAAAAGGAAAUCCUUCUCUCCGCCAUGGGUUGUUCCCGGGUGCCCUGGAUUCUGACGCGCUAUCUGGAAAACUCGAUGUCGGAUGAGUUCGGUAUCCGGAAGCAAGACGCGUUCCGCGUGUUCCUAUCCGUGGCGGAUAACGUAAUCGGGCAACCGCUCGCGUUCGACUACAUGCGGAAUAAUUGGCCGAAAAUGAAGAGCUACUUUGGCGCUUCGAUGUCUAACUUGAACAUAAUCCUCAAAUAUUCCACCAAGCGGUUUAACACCGAAACCGAGCUAUUGGAACUUAAGGAGUUUGCGGAGCAGCAUUUAAAAGAUAGCGGCCGUACGAUACAGCAAGCGAUAGAGUGGACGGAGGCAAACAUCGCGUGGUUAAACCGCAACACGCAGCCGAUUGUUAAUUGGCUGAAUGAUUAUCUCACGACACGCCCACAAUAUCUCUACGCAAGCAUUGAAAAGUUCCACACCGUAGACCUUCCAGAUACCGUGGAAGCCAUCUUCGAGAGUUGGGCCAACGCGCCCGGAUAUCCUGUGGUGACGGUGUCCUUCGAUCGUACUACACGCACCCUGACAGCAUCCCAAAAGCGUUUCUGGUUGCCAAACGACAACGACAGUCCGCCGGAAAACAAGCUGUUCUUCGUUCCCCUCAACUACGCGUCAAACAUAGCCUCCUUGGAUGAUUUUGAAGAUACAGCUCCGACGUUCUGGUUGACACCUUCGAAUCCUACCGCAACCGUUACUGUGGGGGCGGGUCUUGAGUGGGUCGUUGUCAACAAACAGCAGACGGGUUAUUAUAGGGUAAAUUACGACGCCACGAACUGGCAGAAGUUGAUCGAUGCAUUGAACAGCGAUCAGUUCGAUGUACUGCUUCCUGUCAUCAAUCGGGCACAGCUGGUGGAUGAUGUGGCGAAUCUUGCUCGAGCUGGCGAAGUCAGCUACGAUGUAGCCCUUUCGUUGCUGCAAUACUUGGAGCGCGAAACGGAAUACAUUCCAUGGAGCACGGCUUACAAUGCGCUGUUGCAGCUGGAUCGGAUGUUCUCUGGCAACAAAGAUUAUAUGCGUUUCGAAAGUGGAUCACCUACUCGUAUAGCGGCUAUUCAGUACAUCAACCAGCGGUUUCCUGAUGUUUCUUCUAAUCUUCAGCAACAACUGGUUCCCAUGUUCGAUGCCUUCGGAAGUAGCAUAAACACUCCCGCUGAAUAUCAGAUGAUGUACCGUUCAAUACUGUGCUUAGUGACUGUCAUCCUUCCGUUUAUCCUAGCGUUAGCACCUAUAAGCGAGGACAAACACUCACUUACACGCGAUUCACACGAUGACAGUGGCUAUCUUCUGCCGAAAGUGUCGGAACCAAUAUCCUACAAAUUAUUUCUCGAUGUCACAAACUACGACUUCUUCUCGUACACCGGCACCGUCGACAUACAGAUGCGUUACACUAGCGAUCAGAACCAUUUCUAUCUUAACAGUAACGGUCUAGUGAUCGACAAAGACAGCAUUAAAGUUACAGGCCCGGAUGGCCAGGAAUUGGCACUCGGAGGUCUCGUAUACCUGGAACAGUAUGAACUACUUUAUUUGAACUUUAACGAGCGCUUGCAAACCGGAGAAAUCUAUAGAGUUCAGAUGAGCUUUCUGAACAACAUUGGCACCGAGCUAAAAGGAUUGUACAGAAGUAGUUAUACCGUGGGGAACAACACUAGGUAUUUGGCAACAACUCAUUUCGAAUCCACUUACGCCCGCAACGUGUUUCCCUGCUACGAUGAACCCGCCUACAAGGCAACAUUCGAUGUUCAUAUUCGACACCGUUCUGAGUACAUCGCGUUGUCAAACAUGCCGGUGAUGGAAAAAGUUCAAAAUGGAGAUUACACGGAAACAACAUUCGAAACUACUCCGCUCAUGUCGACCUACCUGUUGGCGUUUGUCAUUUCCGACUUUAAAACUUUAUCUCUUGACUCAGAUCGUUUUCGCGUAUUUGCCGAGGAGAGCAAGGUAGAACAUACGGAGUACGCGCUGGAAUUUCUCGGAAAGUCUUUGCGGACCCUGGAAACGUUCUUUGGUCACCAAUACCAGCUGCCAAAAGUAGAUUUGAUUGCUAUACCUGACUUUGCAAUGGGGGCUAUGGAAAAUUGGGGCCUCAUAACGUUUAGAGAGCAGUACCUGAUUUAUGAAGAUGGUGUAACAACGGUUCGAACGAAGCAAAACAUUGCAGAUCUAAUAACACAUGAGCUAACUCAUAUGUGGUUUGGAAACGAAGUCACCCCGGAGUGGUGGACCUAUCUUUGGCUAAGCGAAGGUUUUGCCCGUUACUUUGAAUACUACAUUACGUCACAGCUUGAACCCACAUGGAACCUCUGGGAGCAGUUCAUCGUUAACAACGUGCAUUCGGCUCUCUCUCAGGACUGCCACAGUCACAAUCGUCCUAUGAACUAUUAUGCCACGAAUCCUGACGUUUUGAAUGACUUGUUUGAUUAUGUAGUCUACGCAAAGAGCGCCUCCGUCAUUCGAAUGGUGCAAAAUGUCAUUGGUUUUGAUACGUUUAAGCAAGCCCUUAAUGACUAUCUUCGAUCGCGUAGUUAUCUCACGACACGCCCACAAUAUCUCUACGCAAGCAUUGAGAAGUUCCGCACCGUAGACCUUCCAGAUACCGUGGAAGCCAUCUUCGAGAGUUGGGCCAACGCGCCCGGAUAUCCUGUGGUGACGGUGUCCUUCGAUCGUACUACACGCACCCUGACAGCAUCCCAAAAGCGGUUCUGGUUGCCAAACGACAACGACAGUCCGCCGGAAAACAAGCUGUUCUUCGUUCCUCUUAACUACGCGUCGAACAUAGCCUCCUUGGAUGAUUUUGAAGAUACAGCUCCGACAUUCUGGUUGACACCUUCGAAUCCUACCGCAACCGUUACUGUGGGGGCAGGUCUUGAGUGGGUCGUUGUCAACAAACAGCAGACGGGUUAUUACAGGGUAAACUACGACGCCACGAACUGGCAGAAGUUGAUCGAUGCAUUGAACAGCGAUCAGUUCGAUGUACUGCUUCCUGUCAUCAAUCGGGCACAGCUGGUGGAUGAUGUGGCGAAUCUUGCUCGAGCUGGCGAAAUCAGCUACGAUGUAGCCCUUUCGUUGCUGCAAUACUUGGAGCGCGAAACGGAAUACAUUCCAUGGAGCACGGCUUACAAUGCGCUGUUGCACCUGGAUCGGAUGUUUUCGGCAAGCAGCCAAUACUCAAGAUUCGAGAGCUACCUGCGCUCCAUUACUGGCUGCAUGUAUGAAAAUGUUCUACUAACGGGACCAAUGGACCAUAUCAGCAGACUGCAUCGUGGAAAUACUGUCUACCUGGCGUGCUACUCUGGUGUGCAGAAAUGCAUUGACGAUUCUAUUACACUAGCAAAUAGCGCCAUACAAGAUCCAUCAUUCGUUGUACCCGACGAGAUUCAAGCGACAGUGUUUUGUGCUUGGCAUAAAUAUGCACCUCCCACGCAGCCUAAUAUUCCUAUUGAUUUGUUCGAGCAAUAUAUUCAAUCUGCCGAACAGCCGCAGCAGUUGGACAUGAUAAAUCGGUUUUUGACCAGCGUCGGUUGCACACGCAAUGAAACGAUCGUGGAGUAUUAUCUAACCCUUACAACAUACAACUAUCCUGGCCUCCCUCUCACGGCCGCCCAGCGAAAUCAAAUUUAUUCCGGUCUAAUCAAUGGCAACACCAUAGCCCGCAUGGCUGCCUUGCGCUAUCUACACGAGCACUUUUCCACUGUUAGCUACCUGCUGACCUCCGUGGCGCCUAUCUUCACCGAUCUUGGAAAUCGAAUUAAUUCACAAGAGGAAUACAUGGUGUUGAGGAACAUUGUCGAAGAUUUUGAAGACAUUCUUUCCAACACAGCAAAGAAUGCUGCGAAAGCGGCCAUUGCGCAAGCUGAACAAAACAUGGGAUGGAUGGAGAAGUACUCCGAAACCAUAUCGUCCUGGCUAGUGGAACAAAAUUACGAAGGAACAACCGAGAAACCUCCUGGAGGUGGAGGCGUUGUUCAUAGCGCGGGACUUUCGGCAGCAUUCGGAAGUGUGAUGAUCACGAUAGCAUCCGUAGUUCUCCGUCUAUAA